CAUUAUGUUAAUGGCUUAUUAGUUAUAAGAGGGCUUUUAAACGAAACGUUAUUUGAUACGUAAAAUAUUUAUCUUCGAAUUAAAUGAUAAAUGAAUAAUUAUAGAAACAUGUUGUCAGUAUUUAAGAAUAUUUAAAGUUUAUGAUAAAUAUAAGACUGACUCCCUCUAUGUAUUCUACGAUCAACGCGUGCAGUAGUAAAAUGGCUGCCGUAAAACGUCAAUACAUUUUAUAUCAAUAAUAGCGUACUUUUGUAAAUAAUCGUGGUAAGGAGGAUUGCAAUAAAACGAAUGCCGUUCAAUUAAUAUUUUUAGUUUCCUUUUCAUAGUCGUGUGUAUGAAGGAGUGCGUGUGAACAGAAAAUGGCAGAAUUUGUGCGUGGAGGUCCGAGCGUGUCGAAUAGUGCUAAGAUGGAUCACAAUAGCAAAGGAGGUUCUCCUAGCACUGGUAGUGAAGAUGGUGGACAGAAUGAAUCUAUGAAUGCAGAAAAUGAAUUUGAUCCUUUUCUUGAAAAUAUACCAGAUGAUAUUCAAGAUACAGAAGAACCUGAUAGUGCUAAUGCAACAUUAUUAACAGCUCCACCAGAAAAUCAAUGGUACCAUGGUAGAUUAGAUAGAUUUACUGCAGAAGAAAGACUAUGGGAUGCAAGUAAAAUGGGCAGUUAUUUAGUACGUGAAAGUGACAGAAAACCUGGAAGUUAUGUAUUAUCCUAUUUAGGCAGAACUGGCAUUAAUCAUUUUAGAAUUACAGCUGUGUGUGGAGAUUAUUAUAUUGGAGGUAGACAGUUCAAUAGCUUAUCAGAUCUUGUUGCAUAUUAUACUCAUUGCUCCGAUCUUUUAAAGAGGGAAAGACUUAUUCAUCCUACUCCACCUCCUGAACCAGUGAAUGAUAAAAAACGAAUAGUUGCAAUACUGCCAUAUACAAAAAUGCCUGAUACAGAUGAAUUGAGUUUUCAAAAGGGUGACAUAUUUUUUGUGCACAAUGAUAUGGGAGAUGGUUGGUUAUGGGUUACUGCACAUAGAACUGGUGAACAAGGCUUAAUUUUUCGUGAAUUGGUGGAGGAUCUGGAUGAUUCCAUUGAUCCCAAUACUGUGUUCUCUUGGUUUCAUCCUAAUGUUACUAAAAGUGAAGCUGUCGACAUGUUGGUGAAGGCAGGACCUGGUAGUUUCUUGGUCAGACCUUCAGACAAUAGUCCCGGAGAUUAUUCACUUUUCUUUCAUAUAAAUAAUCAAAUUCAAAGAUUUAGAAUUGAAAAAAAGGGAGUACGUUAUCUUAUGGGUGGAAGAACUUUUGAAUGUCUCGAUGCUGUUAUAAAUAGAUAUCGGAAAGAGCAAAUAGUUGAGGGUCAUACUUUAGUUCAAGCAAUGGUAACAGAGCCUGAUGGUAGUGUAAGAGUUAAUAGAGAAGUGCAACAUGCGGAAAAGAUAUAUGCAACUCUUAGAGAAUGUCGGGAACAAUCUGGAGCAAAGAAAAAUAAAGGAAUUAAAAUGCAAGGAUAUUUAGAAAAAAAAUCAGAAAAAAAUAAAAAAUGGAAAGCAUUGUAUUUUGUACUUUUAGUGGAUGCAACUGACACUCAUUUGUAUUUGUAUGACAAUCCAAAAAGGACCAAACCUAAAGGUCUUAUCGAUUUAAGCUGUGCUUAUUUAUAUCAGGUUCAUGAAAGCGUGUUCGAUAGACCUCAUUGCUUUCAAUUAGUUGAACGUGCUUUACCAUGUUUGGCAACGAUAACAUAUUUGGCUGCUCCAAAUUCAGAGAAUGCUUUAGACUGGAUUAAUGCCUUGAAACCAUUAUGUGUAUCACAACUUACUCGUGCCCCAAAAGUUGCUCGUCUACGUGAAUUACGUUCAUUACAUCUGCAUAUUUUAGAUGCUCAUAGACUUCCAUAUAAACUAGUACCAAAUCCAUUCAUCAUAGUGGCUCUAAACAAUGUAAAAGUUGCUCGCACAAAAGUCAAAACAGGAUUACAUCCAAUUUGGGAUGAAGAAUUCAUUUUAGAGGAUGUGCCACCAGAUGUUAUGUCGUUUUCUUUAACAUUAUACAAUAAAGGAAAACGUAGUAAAGAUACCGAAGUGGCAGAAUUGACUGUUGAAUUGGCGAGUUUAACUAAUGGGGAAGAAAUGGAUGAAUGGUAUCCAUUGUCAGGCCUUACUCCAAUAGGCGAAUGGGGUGUACUUCGUUUACGGAUAAGGUAUCGGCACGAUUUAGCAAUGCCUCCAGAAGAAUAUAGUCCAUUGCAACAACUAUUAUUAGAUCCAGAACUGCAUGUUGUUAGAGCAUUAGCAGAUGUUUGUCACUUGGAUAGAGUACCAUUGGCAAAUAGUUUACUUAGAAUAUUUAGGCAUGAAAGAAAAGAAGCAGAUCUUCUGAGAUCGUUAAAUCAAGCGGAAGUGGAUAAGGAAGAUGAAACACCAACACUUUUUAGAGCUGCUAGUCUUACAACUACAUUAAUGGAUUUAUAUAUGAAAUCAGUUUGUACCUCUUUUUUGAAAGCCGCUUUACGCGAUACCAUAGUGAAAUUAAUUGAAAGUAAACAGAGCUGUGAAUUAAAUCCAACAAAAAUGGAUUCUCCGGAAGAUGCGUGCAGCAAUGCAGAAUUUUUAUUACAAGUUUUAGACGAAGUGACAUUAAGCAUUUUUACGAGUCCUGAUGCAUGUCCAAGGACAUUGAGAUAUAUUUGUGGAUGUUUACAAAGAGCAGUUGUUGCCAAAUGGCCACAUGAAAGACUAGUCAGAACGCGAGUAGUCAGUGGAUUUAUAUUUUUACGUCUACUUUGCCCUGCCAUAUUAAAUCCUAGGUCAUUUAAUUUAAUAGCUGAACCGCCACCUCCAGCUGCUGCAAGAUCACUAGUAAUGGUUGCAAAAUGUUUGCAAAAUUUGGCUAAUUUGGUGGAAUUUGGUGGUAAAGAACCAUAUAUGGAGGUAGUUAAUCCAUUUAUUCUUAAAAAUAAAGAAAGAAUGGUUGUAUUUUUGGAUCAAUUAUCUAAUGUAACCGAAAAACCAGAAUCUGAAGGUGCAGAUCCGAGAAAUAGAAGUUAUGUUUCGGAUACAGCGAGAGAUUUAGCAACACUGCAUCAUAUUUGUGUUUCUCAUUUAAAAGAACUUCAAGUUUUAUCAAAAACUCAGCCAACAAUAAAACAAUUAGUAACCGUGACUGAAAUGCUAAGCAAACAUAAACAAAAAUACAUGGAAAUGAUACGGUAGUGCUAAAGCCAUUUGCCAUGACUAAUGCCAAACAUAACAAAACAAUUCAUAAGAUUUGACAACAGAUACACGGUAGUAUUUAAUAAUUACUUUAAGUGGUUAAGUAAUUAAACGUACAGACUGACGUGCCAUAUAUAUAUAUGUAUACAUACAUACAUACAUACAUACGUAGAUACAUACAUGCAUACAUUCAUACAUAUAUAUGUCUGUAUAUACAUAUAUAUAUAUAUAUACAUAUAUAUUAUUGUAUACACACAAGCCUACAUUUACUAUUUCGUAUGUAAUUAGAAAAUAGCUUAUACGUAUAGUAAACAGUACCAUGACAGUGAUAUAGUUACAUACAGAAUCAUAUAGGCGUAUAACAAUUUUAUAUUUACUUAGGUGCUCGAAAAUAAAUGCAAAUUAAACCAAAAAUAUUGUGUUGUACAUAUAGUUUCCCAAUUUUAUUUUUAUUUAUUUUCCAAAAAAUAGUAAUAAUUUUAUUUUUAAAACAGGUUAAAAAAUUACAUUUUUUAUACGUAUAAAUGAUUUAUUAAUUUUAAUUAUUUUAUAAAUUAAUUAUUACACUUGUAUCGUUGCAAUAGUUUUAUCAUGCCAUUAAAUGACGAAUAUUGUAUUAAAUUUAAGGUCCUAGUCAGUUAAUACAAAAAUUCUUAGAAAAUCUGUUAACAAAAAUAUAUAUUAAAUAUCAAGAUAAAAAACUAAGAUGUAUACGCACAAUAACAUUUGACACAUUAAAAUGUGUUUUUUUAUAUUUGACUAAUGUAUAUAAUGGUGGUACUAUGUUACGAUUAUAUAUAUGAAGUAUAUAUUUUUGAAUAAGGCUAUUUUAAAUAAUGGAUAAAACAUGUCAAACCGUUAUAAAUUUAUUUUCUGUUCCUGACAUUAACGUGAACGAAUCCAUGAACAUUGCAGUUCAAUUAUUUUUUUACAUUUACAUUCUUACCUAUUGAUAUAUGCGGUUAUUAUGAAUGAAUAUAUUUUAGAAUAUGUAUUGAAUAAAAGAAAAGAAAAAAAAAAAAGAAAAAAAAAAAAGAAAAAAAAAACAUUGCUUUAUAAUUUGUACUUAUUGUGUAUGCUUGUAUAAUAAGUUUUUAUUAAAUGAUGUAUUUUGAAUAAAAUAAUAAAAAAAUAUUGAAUAAUGAAUUUACAGGCUUAAGUUUUUUAAUACGCGCCCAUAAAAUUGUGAUAGUAAAUUAGUACAUAGUACAUAGAUAUAUAAUAGUAUAUCAUAUAGAAAAUGAUCAAAUUUAGUGAAUUUUGAUUUAAAAAUGUAAUUCUUCAAUACUUUAGUACCGUUAUAUAUGAAAUAUUUUAAAAUGAAACUAAUGAAACAACAAUUUGUCAAUUGUUCUUUGAAUAUUAUAAAACCAAACAGCAUAGAUGACUUAAAAUUGAUGUUUAAAAAUAAUCAUUCGAGAUAGAAUGAAUAUAAAGAAUAUUUUUUGUACAAGAUUUUAUUAUGAAUUUGAACUACAUAAUAACACCUAUGCUGUGCAAUUUUAUAUAUACACAUAUUCAAUAUCUGAAAAAGCUAAUAUUACAAAUUUACGCGUUUACAUAUAUGUUAUGUAUAUAAGAAUAUUUGCAAAUUGUACUAUUUAGAUCAUUUAAUAAAGUAUUUAACCCUUGAUUGUUGAAGUUCAGUCAGACUCGAGACAUGAUUAUAUAAAUUGAAUCUUAAAUAUUUCAUUAAUAGAUUUUAUUGAAAAAAUUAAUUCUUAUAUUAUAGAUUCAUGUCUCGUUUAAAUAAGAUGAUGUUAUUGUCUGAACAAAUAUUAAAAUGUUCAUAAUUACAAUAAAAGUUUAUUAUUGAUAUUCAAAAUGUCUUAAAAUUAUAUACUUUUCGUAAUAUAAUUAUGAUUUAAGAAAAUGACAUAAAAACGGCAAGAUGAGGAGAUAUAAAAGUGCGAUAAAAAAAUAUGGUAUCUCUUAAUUACUGCAUAAAGAUGAUGACAGACAUUUUAAUAUCAAUUUAAACUUUCAUUUUAUUGUGCUUGAUAUAAUCCUUAAAUUAUAUAGUCUUUAUGUAUUUUUAAUUGAAAUAAUAAUGAUUAGUAGAAAUGACACUUACAAUUGUACAAUAAUCACAAUAUGUAACUUCAUUCCUACCAAUAUUUCUCUACUAUAAAUGUAUAAAAAAGUUAUAAAAAUUAACAAUUUGUAUUAUUUUCUACAAGAAUCUUCAGUAUGCGAUUAAAGAGAAAAAAAAAUACAAACAAAA